AUCGAAAUCUUCAAUUCUCAUUGAUUUUGAUUCCUGCUUGUCUUCGGAGGCCCGCCGAAUCUCGUCGCCGGAGUCUGAGAAGAUGAUUGAGCGUAUUCUCGGCCCCAUUCGCAUCCGUCGGAUUCAGAGGGCGUUCCGCCACAGCGUCGUCACUGUCCUCUGUCUCUUCCUCACCGUCGUUGUCCUCCGCGGCAUUGUCGGCGCUGGUAAGUUCGGCACUCCCGAGCAGGACUUCAAUGAGAUUCGUAGCCAUUUCUCCUCACGUGGCCGUCGUGUUGAGGCUCGUCGUGUUUUGGAAGAGGCACAGCCGGAUACCACUGCCAAGGCGGCUGAUCAGUCCAACAAUUACGCCACAUUUGAUAUUUCGAAGAUUUUGGUGGAUGAAGGUGAGGAUGAGAAGCCCGAUCCGAGUAAACCCUAUAGUCUUGGCCCUAAAAUCUCUGAUUGGGAUGAACAGAGAGCUGAAUGGCUGAAGAACAACCCUGAUUUUCCUAAUUUCAUUGGUCCUAAUAAACCUCGAGUUCUUUUGGUUACUGGUUCCUCGCCUAAGCCCUGUGAGAAUCCUGUUGGUGAUCAUUACCUUUUGAAGUCGAUUAAGAACAAGAUCGAUUACUGUAGGCUCCAUGGGAUUGAGAUUUUUUAUAAUAUGGCGCUUCUUGAUGCUGAAAUGGCUGGUUUCUGGGCUAAGCUUCCAUUGAUUAGGAAGCUUUUGCUUUCACAUCCGGAGAUUGAGUUCCUAUGGUGGAUGGAUAGUGAUGCUAUGUUCACUGAUAUGGCUUUUGAGGUUCCAUGGGAACGGUAUAAGGAUCAUAAUUUUGUUCUUCACGGAUGGAAUGAGAUGGUUUAUGAUCAGAAGAAUUGGAUUGGAUUGAAUACUGGAAGUUUUCUUCUGAGAAAUUGCCAGUGGGCACUAGACAUUCUGGACGCUUGGGCACCGAUGGGGCCGAAGGGGAAGAUUAGAGAUGAAGCUGGGAAGAUAUUGACCAGAGAGCUGAAGGACCGACCGGUUUUCGAAGCCGAUGAUCAGUCAGCCAUGGUGUAUUUGUUGGCUACGCAGAGGGAUCAAUGGGGAGCAAAAGUUUACCUUGAGAAUGGGUACUAUUUGCACGGAUAUUGGGGCAUUUUGGUGGAUCGGUACGAGGAGAUGAUCGAGAAUCACCAUCCAGGGUUAGGCGAUCACCGGUGGCCUCUCGUCACCCAUUUCGUCGGGUGCAAACCAUGCGGGAAGUUCGGAGAUUACCCUGUUGAGCGAUGUCUGAAACAGAUGGACAGAGCAUACAACUUCGGGGAUAAUCAGAUUCUACAAAUCUAUGGCUUUACACAUAAGUCACUAGCAAGCAGGAGAGUAAAGCGGGUUCGAAACGAUACAAGCAAUCCAUUAGACGUGAAGGAUGAACUCGGGUUGCUUCACCCUGCAUUCAAAGCUGUGAAGGUAUCAUCUUCUUCUUGAUAGCCAUGGAAAUGCUUGAAUUUACAGGGGUUGAUUGAUGGUUAUCAUGAGUUCAAGUAUAAUAUAGUGUUGAAAAUGGUAUGGAUUUGGUAUAUUUAUCUAUAUAUAUAUAUAUAUAUAUCAGUUACCCAUAAUAUUGAAGAAUUGUAAACUUCUUUCUUUUGUGGGGUUAAAAAUCUGUCUAAAUUUCAUUGAUUUUUAGAAGGCUUUGUUUCUUAGAUCAGCUUUUGUAAUGAAAUGAUAGGGAGUUCUUGAAGAAAUCUGUUCAUCAAUCUUUAUGAGUUGUUUAUUGACAUCAUAUUUCAUUA